CUCUUGCCGGGGUUGAAAGCCUCCAUGUCUCUCUCAGCGUGGUUACCCGGAGGAGUUGGUUGCAGCACCGGUCGCCUCUUGUGGAACUUUUUCUUUUGGCGACUCGCGAGUAAGAACCAUGACGGAGGCGAAGAGCGGAAAACCGAGCGGCCGUGCCAAGCAGUCGAUGUCGCUCGACCCCAAGCUGCAGAAGGAGUUUCAGCGGAAGCUGCAGGGAAUGAAGAAGCAGCAGCAGGUUGAAAAGCUGUCAUCGGGUGUAAUUUACUUGGGCCAUAUUCCCAAUGGAUUCUUUGAACCUCAGAUUAAGAAAUACUUCUCCCAAUUUGGAACCGUUUUAAGAGUUCGACUUGCACGCAGCAAAAAGACUGGACACAGCAAAGGAUAUGCUUUUGUGGAGUUUGAGUGUGAAGAAGUUGCCAAAAUUGUUGCAGAAACUAUGAACAACUACUUAUUUCGUGAAAGGCUCUUAAAAUGUCAGGUUCUUCCACCAGAAAAAGUACACGCACAGCUUUUUAAAGGUUGUAAUACAACUUUUAAGAAACCUAUCCUCCCGGCUGUUGCUCGUUACAACAAGAAACGAACCCUGAAACAACAAAGUGUGAUGGCAGAGAGACUCCUUGCAAAAGAAGGGCGAUUACGAAAAAGGCUUGCUGAGAAGGGAAUUGACUACGACUUUCCCGGUUUUGCUGCAGUGCUGCCUCGAAAGAAAAAGCAAGGGUCUACAAAAAUGAAUGAUGCAGUAAACAGUCCGGAUGUAACUCCAGUCUGCACACCUACUGUUCUAAAACGACGCCAGUCUUUAAAGGUCAUCGAUGAUGUUGAUGAUGAAAUCACAUUCAAGGUACAGCCUACUAAAAGGACUGCCAAAAAGAAAGCCAAAUCGACUGCUUUUUUAUGUGAAAAAGUGCAAAAAACAAACAAGUUAAAGAAGACAAAAAGAAAAAUCCCUGGCAAAUGAAGUAUGAAGAAUUUGUAAAUGAGAAGUCCAAAAAGUCCAAAUAGUUGCCUUUGCAGAGUAUUAGGAGCUGCCAGUCAUCGAUAUGUUCUGUUGUGGAGAGUCCUACUGAAAUGUUCAAUUUUUAUUAAUUAAUUGGUGCAGAUUUUUACAUGAAUAAUAAACAAAUAUCCUUAAGGUGCUUUAAUAAUCUGUCUGUUCAUGUAUUAAAAGUGAAAAGUUCUGUAAUUCCACGGGUUGUUUUGUCAAUAUUUUGCCUUGUAUCCCUCCAAAAUAUUCAGAAAGCUUAAAUACUUUGGUUCAGUAAUAAAUUCAAAAAAUGCAAAUUUAAAAGGCCAUUCUAGCCAAAAUUAUUUUAAUCAAGUUAAUUUUAAUAGGUUUGAAUAAAAAUUUAUGACCCAAAAUAAGCGUUUAAAAGUUAUGUUUUUUGUUUCUUUUAAAUUAUAGGCUUAUGUGAUGAAUACUGAAAGGCUUAGUUAGAUGUCAGAAAAAGACAUGAAAUAUAGAGAAGUUGCAAGUGUGCAGCAAGUCAAUCAGCAUAUGGAUGGAAAAGAUCACAUUACACGUUAGGUGUAGUCCUUUAUCACAAUACAGGACAAGGUAAUGAGUCAAUGCCAUGGUCAAAAUAGACAUGGUUUGUAAAAAAAAAAAAUCAGAUUUAUCUGUACUUUCUUUUCUCAGCCUUAAUGUCAGAAAAAAAACUUGGUAUAGACUGAAAUUUUGCCAAGACCUCAAUAUAAAAUUAUGUACAGCAGAUUUGGUCAUUGGCACCAUCUUUGCUUUUUAGAUCUUCUGAAAUUCUGACUACCUGCUUGAAAUCAGCAAUCUGGUUACACCUCCAUGAUUAAUAUAUCAGUUAGAGUUUGUAGCACUAAAUUUUCCACCCAUACUAUCAUUUCUGUCAUAAUUUUGUAAUUUGUCUCUUGAUCAGCUGCACCUGUCAUAUUUUGAUAUAGAAAUGGCCUUAUUACAUUUGGGGUUUAAUGUAUUUCAAAAAAUGAAUUGCAAGUAUUGUAAGUGCUGUAGUGUAUGUGACUGACAAAGACUAGAGGAAGAAAAUUCAAUAGGCCUGAAGCAAAUUAUACUUUUAGGCUGAGCUUCACUUGAUCAUUACAUACUGUACAAAGGGGUUACAUUUAGAUGGAAUAAAAAUGCCUGUCAGCCUUUAAGAUUGCUUCUGUCUUGCUCAUGCUUUCAGUGAUAUUUAUGAAAUUUGCCUUCAACAUGCCACCUUUUUUAUUCUGAAAUGAAGAAAGUAAUUUUUUAAUAACUACACAGUAUUUAACUAUGAAAUUGAAUUUGUAUGCAUGCAAAGUUCAGCAUUAUAUAUACAUAUAUAUAUAUAUAUAUGCUGGAGGUAUGGUGCGUAGUCUUUUGGUUCUUUUGAAUCAAAAUUUGGGUGUUUCAUUUGUUAGAUGUUUGUAAAUUGAAGAUCAUAGUGCUACAAACUGAGUUUUCCUGUACAUUCAAAGAUAAAAUGGGUCAUAAAGUACUCAGUGAUACAUUAUAUAUUCUACUCAUCCAGUAAUAAAUGCAACAUAAAGAUG